AUGACGGACAAGAAAGACAGCGCAUCAGUGACAACAGCUGUUCGUGAUCCCUCAGUGUUCAAUUAUAACUUUGAUCGUGAGAUCAUCACUGAUCAAGACUCAAUCAGCAAAGAGUUGAAUAGCUUUGAAGACAAACUAUCCAAUCUAUUUGAUUAUUAUAUAAAGCCAAGCUCAGCCUCAAAGGAUCAGAUUGCAGCUGGAAAGAUUACAAUCAAAGGUGUCGAACAUACUCUAUCAACACAGUUACAGAAGUUCAUCAAUGAUCUAAGUUCAUUACUUGACUUGGACCAGAUCACUACAUUCAUCUUUAUCAAUUCAUACUCAACUAAUGUUCGAUCACUAGUAUAUGAGAGGACAGACCUCUUUGAUCUGUUUGAGUAUUACUAUCGUGAUCGUUACUUGUUACUAUCAUUGGUGUCAUCAUUGAUAAAGAAGGCGAAUGAUCCAAACAGUCUAUAUAAUGAAGUGGCCACAAAGUGUGUCGAGCAGAAUAGACAGGGCUGGGAGACAAAGCUGUUGGCAAACAUCCAGCAGUUGGCCACCUUUCAGAUACCCGAGUAUCUACGCGAUCAUCCACAGUUGCACCAAGCAUACAAGGAGCAUGUGCUUCAAGAGCAGCAGUUGCUGAUGGAGAUUGUCUUUCUACUUUAUUACACCAAGCAGCGAAUCUCCUUCCCCAAGGACUUCAAGCAGGUGUUCACUCGAUUCCAACAGAUCAACCUUGGCUCAUACUCUGACAUACUCAUGCGAUCCGAGAGUCUACAUCCAACACUGCGUCACAUCGAAUACAUCUCAGUGUUGACCUGUUUGUUCGCCAUUGGUGACCUGUCCAAGGGCAAGUUCAAAGAUCUCAGCGAGACCGACAAGAUGGACGUGUUGAACAUGCUCAAGAUGUUUGAGACCAACUCAAUGUCACAUGCCUCUGCCACAAUCAUAUACUCAGUGCUCCUCCACAUUCAUGGCGAGACACUUGGACCAGAGUUCAAGGAGAUACUCUCAAAAUGUCUAAGAUACGAUCCAUUCAACUAUGUACAGCAGGUCAUCGAUUGUAAAUACCUCACUGGAAGUUUCUCCGCCUUUGGAUAUGUGGAAACGAUACAAUUGUUCAUUAGCAGGUUCACAAUGGUAUAUGACUUGGAGUCCACUAAUAUACAGUCUGUGGACACUCUGUUUGAUAUAUAUGUCAAGGCCAACAAGCUAUAUCGACCAACGCUACAAGAUCUGAUCUCACAUGAUCUAUUCAAAUACGCCAUGUCUGAGAAGGUUCUCAUCCAACACUUUGAAAAGGUGUCCAACCUUCUCUGUGCAUCCAUCGAUGACCAAGAGUCUGCUGACUAUCUGUGA